GAAGACUGAAAAGAGGCUUGGUAAAAUGUUCAGUGGAAAAUCUGUAGAAAUGAUGUAAGAGAAAGCAGAGGCAGGGAUUGGAGUAAGGGACUAUAAAAACUUCGAGAGAAAACUCACUAUGAAGACUGGGUUUUGGAGAAACUACACAGACAGGACUCUAUAGUUAGAAUCUCCUGAUUUAUUACAAGAUGCUGGACUGGGGCCCGGCAGGUGCACACUUCAUCCUGGCUCUCCUGGUGCUCUGGAGCUCAGGAAAAGUUCUCUCAGUGGAUGCAACAACCGAGGCCUUUGAUUCUGUAAUCACAGAUGUACAGUCACCACCCACAGCCAGGAGAGAGAAAUCAGCCACCGACCUGGCAGCAAAGCUCUUGCUUCUUGAUGAACUGGUUUCCUUGGAGAAUGAUGUGAUUGAGACCAAGAAGAAAAGGAGCUUUCCCGGCUUUGGGUCUCCCAUAGACAGACUCUCAGCUGGCUCUGUGGACCAUAAGAGCAAACAGAGGAAGGCAGCACAUCAUUCAAAAAGGCGAUUUGGUAUCCCUGUGGAUCGAAUUGGUAGAAACCGGCUUUCAAACUCCAGAGGUUAACUGAUUCCAAUAAUCCAGAUGUCUCAUGUGAAAUGUCACAGAAAAUAGAAGAUGCUUCAGUGAAGUCCUUCAUACUCUUUAAUGAUUAAACUUUUAAUUAACUGAUUUCUGCAAAUCCUUCCAAAGCUUGAACUUUAGAACAUCAC